UGAAACAUGAUUCUUGCAAUCAUAGUAAAAUGACGUUGACCUUCAUAGUAUAGUACCUAGUAGGUAGGUAUAUUAUAAAAUUAAAAAUAUUAUUUACAACCAUUUAUCGUUUACACGGUGGACAGACAGUGCGGAUGUUUUGAAAUAUCUUUACUGCAAAUAUGUGGAAAUUAACGUUGUGUUUAGUAAGUAUUUAUUUUGACUUCUAUAAUAUUGUCUCAUUGGAGUAAUUAAACAAUUUUCAAUUUCACAGCUAUGCGUCGCACUCGGCGUAUUUGCAUCAAAGUUCAAAGUUGAUCGGGCAAUGGAAAAAGAACUGAUCGUACCAGAAGUCAUUCCCGUUGCACCAAAACAAUUGUUAAGAGUAAAACAAAUUGCUUGACUGCCCUAUGUAUUAUUGUCUUUCAGAAACAAAAAUUACAAAUACAAACCUAUAUUUCGUAGGUGAGUUAUCCGAAUGGCGUGAGAGCGGUCUGCGGCAAAGUACUCACUCCCACUCAAGUGAAAGACCAACCGUCGUUGAAAUGGCCGGAUGUCGAUGCUGAUUCGUUUUACACGAUAUGUUUGACCAGUAAGUCUAUAUGCGAUAAUUUGAACAUAUUCAAAAGUUUACUGUGAAAUAAUUUUUUAUUUUACUUGUAGUUAUUUUAAUAAUUAAAAAAAAAAACAUGAAUAACGUGAAAAUGUACAGCACUAAUGGAUUCAUUACCUAUUUAUAUUGUCCUACCUAUAUAUUUUGUCUUUUUGUUACAAUUCGGUUGAAUAAAUUCGAUGAAACCUGAUAUAAUUACAGAAUAUUUGCAUUAACAUUUUCUAGACGUGGUCAAAUUUUUCAAACAACUCGGACAAUUUUUGAGUCGUUUAUAGGCAUUUGACAUUUUCGAGUUUUUUUUAGUUUUUAUGUGAAUAAAAUUGUUUUGACUUAGCUGGAAUAUUUGAAAAAUUAAUACAAUCAUAAGUUGUACUUGGCGAUAUCAAACUUUGCUCAGAAUCGUGUUUGGCAAUGAUUCAUCAUUUCAAAUUAACAUAAAUUAAAUAAAUCUGUGUAUUCCAUUUUUCCAUUUUUUAUUUUUUUAUUACAUUGUUAUUAAAUCGUUAGACCCUGAUAUUCCGAACCGUCCGGAACGUAACGGAGGCGAAUGGCUUCAUUGGUUGGCGGCAAACGUACCAGGCGAAAAUGUUAACGCGGGAGAAAUGCUCGCGGAAUACGUGGGUUCCGGACCACGGCCAAAUUCAGGUAAUAAUUAUUUCAGACCGAAUACGACUACAUUAUACAAUUGAAGAGAGCAAAAUUGUAUUGUAAUUAUGGUGUUCAAUCCCAACGCAUUUUUCAGGACUUCAUCGUUACGUGUUUUUGGUGUACAAACAGCCGUCGAAGUUGACGUUCGAUGAUGAGCCGCGUAUAACCAACAGGUAUUAUUAUACAAUAUUAUCACACUCAUGUUGUAUUUUAGAUUUCGAGCGUAGCGAUAGAGCUAUUGGUUUUACUAAAAUGUUUAUUUCUUUUUUUUUUUUCUAGUCUGUGGACACGUUUUUUCCUAGUAAACUUUGUCCGAUUUUUUCGUGUAGCAACUGUUUUGAAAGUUUAAGUUGUCUAGAUGGUACUUUGAAGUUAUCGUUUUUUAAUUUUCGACGGCAUUUUUUAAAUAAAAGCACAAGUGGGAAAAAACGUAGGAAAAUGUACAAUUUCAAAAUUUAAUUAUUUUAUAAAAACACGAAUGACGUUUUCUACCAAAAAAAAAAAUGAUUUAAUCGAAAAAUCACAAGACACCUUUUUGAUUUACUUUCUAGCGGUAUUAUCGCCAAAACCUUUGAGUCUUUUUUGAGCUUUCAAGGAAUUUUAACUUUUGGAAUUUUUUUUGCUAUAAUUCGUUUAUAAAUAUACUUAGAAAUUUGAAACGUCGUAAUAAUACUAUAACGUAAUAAUAUUAGACUUACCUAGACGUGGUAAAAUUUCCAAAAUCAUCGGAUGACUUUUUUUUUUUUAAUAAUUGUUUUGAAAUCAAAUUUAUACGAAAAUCGCAAAAAUUAUGUAUUACCAAACUGCACUCCGAAUCAUCUUUCGUCAAGCAAUGGUUUAUCGUUGCUUACAGAUAUAGAUGAAAUAACCUUAUGUAUCCUCCCUUCCUAAUUUCUCACCUACAAUAGUAGUCUCUCCCAUCCCCAGUAUCAGAUCUUUUAAUUAUUAUUAAGUAAAUCUACAUAUCUAAUUCAUGUGACUAAACGUUUAGGUUGCAUAUCAAUUCCAAUUCAAAACAACAAAAUUUGUUUAUUUAAUAAUGCACUAUUUUAUUUAUGAACAUUUUUAAAAAUCAAUCCAUAUCCUACAUUGGAAACUAAACGAUAAUACUAAAUUUGUUUAAACCAAAUAAUGUAUACCUAAUUACUUACUUAAAAUGAAAUAAAAAAAUACGGGGACGCGUAAAACACAGCAACGCAAUAAUCGUCAUAUUUCGAUAACUCGAAUUUUUUUUUCGCCCCCAACCGAUUCGAGUUAUCGAGGUUCCAGUGUAUAUGUUUAUUAUUUCUCUGUAUAUUUUUUAUCCGAUUUAUACUGCUCCCUCAAAAAAAAAAAAAAAAACAAAGAUAAUUUUCUAAUCGUUAACAUAAUCUAAAUAUAACAAUAUAAUUCGAAUUUUAAAUUAUUUUGACUUUUCCCACUAGUUUAUUAAUUUUUUUUUUUUAGCGCAUGUAAUUUGAAAAUUAAAAUAAUUGGUUUGACAAUUUUAAAAAUAACAGUAAUUUAAAAUACCAAACUUCGCUCUGGAUCUUUUUUUUUUUGUUAGCAAUGAUUUAUUGUUGCGUGUAGAUAUAAAUUGAAUAACUUUAUGUAUCCUACCUUCCUAAUUUCUCACGUACAACAGUCGUUGCACCCGUCCCCACUAUCAGUUCUUUUUUUUUUGAAAUAAAAUAAUUAUAUAUUUUAGAACAUGAUUUGUUUUGGGUACCUCUUACCUAUAUAUAUAUUUAUACAUAUUUUUGAAAUCAUUGAAUAACAAAUUCCUUAACAAAUUUAUUCCUUAGUUCUGCAAUCAUUUAAAUAAUAUUUACAACGUACCUAAUAAUAAAUCAAAAAUAAAAUUCGAUUUAAUUUGAUCAACCAAUGAUAUUGUGAAACAAAAUAUGAUAUAGGUACCCAUUAAUACUUGUAUGACAUUCAUUUAUUCUGAAGGAUAACGUCAAUCUCAUCAAAUAAUUAUGUUAAUAAUUUUUAUAUUAUGAAAAAAUCAAUAUUAAUGUAGACACUAAAUCAAAUAUUGUACCUACGUCACGAAUAGGUAGAUAUUAACGAAAAAUAAUGAGUUUUAGUAUACAUCCUAUUGCCACACUAUAACUGAACUUUACUGGAAUAGAAGUAAAUAAGUAGGUACAUUAAAAUGUAUUAUAUUGUUAAAAAGUUUUAUUACCCAGCUUGAAUUACCGGUUAAUACGUAUUUCCUACCUAUAAUAUACUGUAUAGGUAUAAGAUAUGUAUAGGGAAUUUAAUUCGCUAAAUAUUUAUACAAUAUAGUAUAUUAGUAUAGUUAUACAGCUAACCUAACUUAUUUAAUUUGUUUUUACUCGAUAUUCCAAUGUAGCGUUUUGUUUUGUUUAUUAUUUUUUUUUUUCGUCAAAGGAUAAUCUUAAUGAAAAUUAUGGGAAAUAAGGAGCAAAAUAAACCUCUAUCCCCCCCCCCAAAAAAAAAAACCAAAAAGACGAAUCAAACGUAACACGAUAAAUNUAUCCCCCCCAAAAAAAAAAAAAAAACAAAAAACAAAAAGACGAAUCAAACGUAACACGAUAAAUAUGGGGCUUACUGUGCUUAUAAUUAGACAGCCGAUGUAGUACGAAAAACCUAUCUUUUAAGCUAUGACUUUUUGGAUGUUUGUUUAAAAUAUCAUUUUUUUUCCUUUUUGAGGAUGUGAAUUCACGUUUAGUUGCAUGAACUUUUUGAAUUGAUAAUAUAUCGCUGAAAAUUUUAAGUAUUUCAAGUUUCUAUGUAAUACAAAAUGUUUACAUAUAGAACUGCUCAAAAGCGUGACAAAUUCUCAAUCAAAUCAUUUGCGUUGAAGCAUGAUUUAGGAACGCCCGUGGCCGGUAAUUUCUAUCUGGCCGAAUACGAUGAUUACGUUCCGACUAUAUACAAACAACUUGGAGUAGUUUGAUAUUGUAACAACUAAUAAUAUUUUUUGUACCAAUCGAAUUAUUGUAUUGUUCAACUUGACGGUUUAAUUAUGUAUUUAUUUAUGUUUUAUUAUACGCUUUUAUGUACAAUCUAAAUGGUUAUGGCGUUAGUCGUCAUCGUUUUGAUAAACAUGAAUUUUUUAUUCUAAAAAAUACGCUUUUCUUCUUAAUACAUCAUACAUUAUAAUAUGUUUAUUUAGCAUAUAAUAAUGAAAGUGGCACAAAUCUUGUUUUAUUAAUUUUUUUUACAAGUUAGGGGUUUAGGUUUAGUUAAUAUAGCAAAAUAAAUUUUGGUAAAAAUAAGA